GGGCAGGCACCGCGCUCCGCACGGUACCGCGCCUCUCCGUACCGGGCUCCGCACCGCUCCGUACUGCACGGCACCGCUCCGUACCGCACCUCUCCGGACAGCGCCGCUCCGCACCGUACCGCGCUUCUCCGGGCGGUACCGCGCCGCGCCGCCCCGCUCCGCUCCGCGGGGUCCGUCCCUGCCCGGCCGCGGCUGCCCGCCGGAGCCUCGGCGCCCGGCACGGCCGAAGCAGCGCGCCCCGCUCCGCCGGCCCCGGCCCCCGCGGCGGGCGCUCCCGCGGGCGGCAGGAUGGCCGCGAAGCCGGCCGAGCUGAUGGGCAUCUGCUCCAGCUACCAGGCGGUGAUGCCCCACUUCGUCUGCGUGGCCGAGGAGUUCCCGCCGCCCGCCCGCCCCGCCAAGGCCCCCAAGGGCAAGCUGCGGCGGCCGCGGCAGUCGCGCUUCAAGACGCAGCCGGUGACUUUCGACGAGAUCCAGGAGGUGGAGGAGGAGGGAGUCUCCCCCAUGGAGGAGGAGAAGGCCAAGAAGUCCUUCCUGCAGUCGCUGGAGUGCCUGCGGCGGAGCACCCAGAACCUCAGCCUCCAGCGGGACCGCCUCGGCAGCUGCCGUCUCCGCAACAGCCUCGACUCCAGCGACUCGGACUCGGCCCUCUGAGGGCGGCGGGGACCGGCCCGGCCCGGCCCGGCUCGGCUCGGCGGGGACCGGCCCGGCUCGGCUCGGCGGGGCCCGGCUCGGCUCGGCGCGACCCGGCUCGGCUCGGCUCGGCGGGACCCGGCCCGGCGGGAGCGCGCCCGGCGACAGCGGCGGCACGGACUGGGCUACAGGGAGCCGCCCCGCCGCCGGCCCAGGAGCGCCCGGGGCGGGUAACCGGGUCGGGAUGUUUUCUAAGAAAGCGCUUGUACCUUCGUUUCUAUUUGAUUGUAUGAAACUCCGUUUAAAAGACAAAAAAAAAAAUCUUUUCUAUUCGUUAGAAGAAAUGAGCUGUUUUAGAUGCAUUGAGCUGCUGGACUUUAUAUUUAUUUUUGCAUUUAAACUGUUGACUGCAUUAAUUUAAUAUGUUUCUACCUGAAUGUCUGUUAUUAUUUCCAUAAAAGAGUAAUAAAAUCUGAUAUAUUUGCACAGUA